AUGACUUUGUUCGCAUAUGUGCAUGAAUGCAACAGUGCAGAUGAAGACAAAACCUUUACUGUUAUGACAUUCAACACUUGGAUUACUGGAAGUUUGGUGAAAAAUGGGCUAUAUAAAAUAUCGAGCCAUAUAAAAUCAGUUGAUCCAGAUAUAGUCGCCUUACAGGAAAUUUCAAAUCAAGAUGUUAUGAUGAAAUUGAUGGUUUAUCUUGGAGAUAAAUGGCAAAUGAUUAUGCCAAAUAAGUCUUAUCCAGAUACAGCGAUAAUUACUCGCCAUUCGAUUAUACCGAAUACCCAAGCACAGUUUAGCCGAGGCAUUGGUGUCAAUGUAAAAUUAAAUCAUUCAGAUUUAAUCAUAAAUGUGUGGUGUCUUCAUUUGGAUUAUAACAAUUUUUUUAAUGUUUUUUGGUCCUAUGGUCCUUAUGCAGCAAACAAUAAGUUGGUGACUAGCGAUGGUCAAAUUCUUGCGGGUGAAAUGAACUUUGGUGAAGGUCGUUUUGCGAAUAUACGAGAGCUUUUAGUAAAUAGACACUUUCAAAAAGCAUUAAUAUCAGUGGAUACGAUACCUCUGAUCGUUUGUGGUGAUUUCAACUCACCAUCACAUCUCGAUUGGACUGUUGAAACUCGUAAUAUUCAUGGAGGAUGGGUUUUUGAAUGGCCAGCAACUAAAAUGCUACAGAGUGAAACGAUGCUGCUCGAUUCAUUUCGAGAACUUCAUCCUGACGUUAACCGGCAUCCAGGUAUUACUUGGUCAACGGUGGAAAAGAUGACAAGUGCUGGCUGGGAAUGGAUGGUCCCUGAACCGCAAGAUCGAAUUGACUUCAUUUUUUAUAAAAGUUCUCUCAUUCGACCACUCUGGUCAAUAACGUAUAAUGGUUAUAGUUAUGUUCAUCCGAAACCGUAUCAUUAUAAUAAUGAUUAUCCAUCUGAUCAUUAUGCGGUUAUAACAAAUUUUGCUAUUAAUUUCGAAACAUAA